AUAUAUGUACGAAGUACUUCUAAAGUUUUCAGAAUUUGGAAGCCUAUCGGAGUCGGACAGUGCUUUUGCAGUUCCCUCCAAAACAUCGAAGAAUUUAGCUCACAAGUCACAACGCCACCGUAACGCUAGAGCCGAAAUCCUAAUCCUUCAAUCGAACCAUCGAUGGCGUCAUCAUCUUCGUCUUAUAUGACAGGCCCAGACAUCCCAUGGGUCGAGAAGUACAGACCCACCAAGGUGGCUGACAUCGUCGGCAAUGAAGACGCCGUCGCCAGGCUCCAAGUCAUUGCACGUGAAGGAAACAUGCCCAACCUCAUUUUAGCGGUAAGUAACGAUUCGACAUUCUGGAACCCGCGUUUACCCUACAUUUAUAUUAGCUCUCAAUGUUAUUUGUGUGAUUUGGCUCAGAUAUGAAAACACUACACUUUUAGAGAGCCCUAAUUUCGCAUCCUACCCGGUAGAUUUCUCAAUUUCACCUUGUAUAUUAAGUUUAUCCUAAUUUAGAACUCAGCUCUUCUAGUUCAAUGCUAAGUUGAGAGUAUACUGUACCGGUCAUCAAAUUUGACUCCACCUGGACAUCUUCACUUUAAAGCUAACCCAUUUUUUGUUUUCUUUACGGUAUGCUUAAAUCAUGGAAAAUCCAGCGAUAGAGAAAAUGCCGAGGAAAGUGUAUCCUUAUGCAUGAUUAGUAACAUGCAAAGGAAGACGAUUGUGAUGGUUUAGUAUUCCUUAAAAUUUAAAUUUGUUUAGAUGGAUUAGUCUUCAGACAGAUAUGAAAUGAGUGUCAACCAAAUAAUGAACAUAAAAUUAGUGUGGUAGCAUAUCUUGGAUUUCCUGGACCUCUUUGAAAAUCAGUUUAAUCGGGGGCAUUCAAAAGAAACAAGCUUCAGUGUGUCAAUUCACACCUAUUCAGUCAAAGAGGGCCCCCCUGGUACUGGUAAGACUACAAGUAUACUUGCCCUUGCUCAUGAACUUCUUGGUCCAAAUUUCAAGGAAGCAGUUUUGGAGCUAAAUGCAUCAGAUGAUCGGGGGAUUGAUGUUGUUAGAAAUAAGAUUAAGAUGUUCGCUCAGAAAAAAGUGACUCUUCCUCCCGGUCGCCAUAAGAUUAUAAUUUUGGAUGAAGCUGACAGCAUGACAACUGGAGCUCAACAAGCCUUAAGGAGGACAAUGGAAAUAUAUUCUAACUCUACCCGCUUUGGCCUUGCCUGCAAUACUUCUUCUAAAGUCAUUGAGCCUAUACAGAGUAGGUGUGCCUUAGUCCGGUUUGGUAGAUUAUCAGAUCAAGAGAUCCUUGGACGCCUUAUGGUAGUAGUUAGUGCAGAGAAGGUUCCUUAUGAUCCUGAAGGUCUUGAGGCAAUCAUAUUUACUGCCGAUGGAGAUAUGAGACAGGCUUUGAAUAACCUACAAGCAACAUUUAGUGGAUUUGGGUUCAUCAACCAAUCAAAUGUUUUCAAGGUGUGUGACCAACCUCAUCCCCUUCACGUGAAGAAUAUGGUGCGCAAUGUACUAGAAGGGAGAUUUGAUGAAGCUUGUGCGGGCAUGAAGGCACUAUACGACAUGGGUUAUUCUCCUACUGAUGUUAUCACAACCCUUUUUCGUAUCACAAAGAACUAUGAUAUGGCUGAAUACCUAAAAUUGGAGUUUUUGAAGGAAAUUGGCUUUGCACACAUGAGGAUCUGUGAAGGAGUGGGUUCAUAUCUUCAGCUGUGUGGGUUGUUAGCUAAACUUGCUCUGGCUCGGGAGACCGCAAAGGCAGCAUGAGAAAGAGAGUCGGCUUAUUAUUUUUUCGUAGUAGCAACUAGAAGCUUACAUUGGUGCAACAGUAAUGCAUGCUAUCUUGUUCUAAGUUGUCUCUCUUGGCAUGGAGAACUUGUGUUCCCAUUUUGGUUAUCAUCUUUGUAUCGGAAUUAGAAAAAUGUGGUACAACUUCUCUAGUUCCCUUAUCAACAUGAGGCAUCCUGUGAUAAAAAUUUCUGAAGAAUGCAGCCAUGAGUUUCUAUAUUAACUUUGUGCUCUGUAUAUUAACAUUGAAUUUCAGUUUUUUCUAAACUCAAAAAGUAUAAAUUGUGUUUAUUAG